AACAUGCUGACUCGGAGAGUUUCAUAGUGGUUACGAUUUGCCUGUUAUCAGGUAAAUUAUUAUGCGAGAAGUCUUUAUCCACCGAGAAUGAAUUUGAAGUGAAACAUGAAAAGCUUGUUGACUUUGCGACUUAAGUUGGACCAGUUGUCAAUGCAUUUUAAGGGGAAAAGCCUUCGUGUACUUUAAGUAUUUGAGCCUUAUCUACUCGGAGAAAUGUUUUACAGCUUAUAACCGAGGACUUUCCAAGACAUGUUUUCAAAGCAUGGAAAAAGACGACGUGUCGGUGAGAGAGCAACUAUUCCACGACCGAGUCCGAGAAAUCAUUAUUUGCGUGCUACUUUUCAGUUGCCUGUACAUCUUGUCCCACCUCAUUCUCACUCACUUCAAGAAGAAUGCUGAGUUUGUCACCGAUGACAUUGAGGAUGCCAUUGUCAACAGAAUUGCGCUGUGGCUGUGUACGUUCACACUCUCAGUGGCCAUGUGUGCAGUGCUGCUCUUGCCCAUCUCCAUCCUGUCCAAUGAAGUUCUGCUUACAUUUCCACAGAGUUACUACAUGCAGUGGCUCAAUGGAUCACUCAUCCACGGCUUGUGGAACCUAGUCUUCUUAUUUUCAAACCUCUCUCUGGUCUUCCUCAUGCCAUUUGCCUAUUUUUUUACUGAAUCAGAAGGGUUUGCAGGGUCUAAAAAGGGUGUUAUGGCACGGGUGUAUGAGACUGCGGUGAUGCUUCUCCUCCUCAGUUUGCUGAUACUGGGCAUUGUAUGGGUGGCAUCAGCUCUCCUCCAUCACAACACUGCCCGUGAAAGUCUUUAUGACCUGUGGGAAUAUUACCUGCCUCAUCUCUACUCUGGAAUCUCACUCUUUGGAGUUCUGCUGCUUUUGUUGUGUACACCCUUUGGGCUUUCACGUAUGUUUAGUGUCACUGGGAGCUUAUUGGUCAAGCCUCGGUUGUUGGAAAAUGUAGAGGAGACAAUGGACUGUGCAAUGUUUGAAGAGGCCUCUCUCUACAGGAAGCUGAACAGAAAUGCCUCCUGCUGGAUCAGUGUCAAAGUAAAGGCAAUCAACAAGCAAUUUUUGAGUGUGCGGGCCAAACGCAUUGCUUUAGAAUUGCGGAAGAGAGCAUCUCCAUGGCAGCGCAACCUGGGAUACCCACUUGCAAUGCUGCUGCUUUUAGCUUUAACUGUGGUGUGUGUGCUGAUGGUGUGUUUUCAUGUACUUGAACUCCUUUUUGAUGAGUCUGCUAUGCCUAGAGGAAUGGAGGACCCUCACCUGGGGCUUGCUUCUUUCUCCAUGUUUGGUUCUUUGGGAGCUGCAGUGCAGGUGGUCAUUAUCCUGUAUCUCAUGGUCUCCUCUGUCGUCGGCUUCUACAGCUCUCCACUCUUCACUGGUUUACUGCCGCAUGCACAGGACACCACCCUCACACAGAUUAUAGGGAACUGUGUGUCUCUUCUAAUACUCAGUUCAGCUCUGCCUGUCUUCUCUCGCACAUUGGGAAUCACAAGGUUUGACCUUCUUGGAGACUUUGGACGGUAUAACUGGCUCGGCAAUUUCCACAUUGUUUUCCUGUACAACAUGCUGUUUGCUGGGCUCACCUCUGCCUGCCUCAUUAACACAGUCACAUGGGCCUUACAAAGAGAACUCAUUCGUGCCUUUGGUCUCCACCAACUGCCUUUGACUGUGUCUCGAUCCACAAUCCCCCUCAAACUUCUCCUGGCCAGUGGGCUCUCAAAGAUUCACUGAAGAGCGAUCAUCUAAUUGGUCAUAUCAUUGGCUGUUGAAGGCUUUUUACCUUCUGGAGAAGGUUCUAGUUGCCCGUGUCUUUCGCCUAUUGGACCAGAACUAUGUCGUGUUCAGUCAAUCAUAGGUGAAUAGUCACCACGGCUGUGAUCUCACAGGUUGGCUGAACAUUAUACUGUAGUAUGUUGACCAAUUGGACCUCCUCGUGGGAUUCUGGUACUACAUUUUAUUGUGAAUGUGUACCGUAGUAGUAUUAAGCAUAUUACUGCAUUUUAAAACAGGAAAAAAGGGAUCUUUCUGUAGCCCUUUCUUAAUGGCAGAUCAUUGGACACCGCUUGAACAAAUGCCUUAUGAAAAAUGAACAAUGGCUUUUGACAUGUGUCCAAACAGGAGCUAUUUCAGAAGAUGACAUCACACCCAUGACCACGUUUCCUUUUCCUGGUGGUGGAAUGAGAGUGUUGAUUUCUCUCCUGGUGGGCCCCCACGCUUUCCCUUUGUAUACCACUAUUUUUAGUGUCAUCCAGCGAAUGUACUGGGGGUGCCUACUGUACUGCUGUAGGGAGCCAUUUGCAGGAUGUCCAGUCUGAUGUGUGAUAGGGUUUGUCCUCUAACUGAAGAAACUUUUUGGGGAAAGGGAUGAAAGUGGACCAGUGCUGAUCUUGUUAGAUUUUAUACUGUGUUUGAGGAAACAAAUGGGAAUAAGGUUUAAAAGAAAUUGAAAAUGUGGUUAUGCGUCUUCGGAAAGUUAAAAAAAAUUGUCAUGUAUCAUUGAUGGCUGAUGCUGGUUUCAAGCUUAAGGCCAAGUUAACUGUGAAUGUUUGGGGUUUUCCCUGUAUUUGUUAUUCCAUAUGUGAAUCUUUAAUGUGCAAUAUGGUAUUAUGUAAAGUGAACAUCAUUAUACAAAUCUAACUUCAUUUGUUCAGAUGGCCAAUUGAGGCAGGUUUGUGUCAGUGGUGUCUGUACUGAUUAAAGGGAAAGUUCCCUUUAAUGAGGGUGAGUUAAUGAUGAUAGACUUUUCAUUUUUGGGUGGACUAUCUCUUUAAGAACACCCAGAUUGGGAAGUAAGGUCAAUGUUUGGCUAGUUUGGACCUUUUUAGGUUAAGCAGCAUAGAGGGACAAUCAACACACAUGUCCAUUUCCUCUUUCAUGGACACUAGGGUGCUGUGAUUAAGAUAAACGGGUCUUUCUAAAUUCGAUAAUCACUCAUUAUUGUUUUUUUUAUGGUGCAGUAUUAUUUAUGGUGUACACAUUCAAUUUAUUGAUCACUUUUAUUUGUACAGUUCUAUUUAUAUACAUAUUUUUUCUGUACCAGCAACAUUUUAAACAAAUCUCUUUCAGGUGGUGGCCAGUAGGAGACAGUAUGUCAAAAUGCAUUAUGUAUUAGCUCUCUAUACCUCAGUAUUUUGGGAUCUUUCUUAAUCAGUUUCUCUCUUAAGUCCAAGCAUACAUUGUAGCUUUCUCAUUUUAAAACCUGAUACUUUUAUAAAUCAAACUAUGAUA